AUGACAACCGCAAGUAGACCAGCACGGUCGAUCGUCGUGGUUGGGGGCGGCAUCGUCGGCUCAAGCAUCGCCUACUACCUUUCGCGAGCCGCAGCGUCGGCGGGAACCCGGGCGGCGACGCGCAUCACUCUCAUCGAAGCGUCCUCUGCACCGGCUCCUGCGGCAUCAGGCAAAGCUGGCGGCUUUUUGGCGCUGGACUGGCACGGUACGGCGACGGCAAGCCUGGCGGAGCUCAGCUUCAAGCUUCAUCGACAGCUUGCGGAUCAGGAUGGUGGCCGCGAGAAGUGGGGCUACCGCGAGGUCGAGACCUGGCAGGUCAACGUCGACUCGAGCCUCAGCGAGUCCAGAACCAAAAGGCCUGCAAAAUGUGCCAUAGACUGGCUCGACAAGGAGAUCAUCACUUCCACAUCCAACAUGGGCGGCAAAGGUUCAACGGCGCAAGUGCAUCCGGGUCUGCUGACACGCCAUCUGGUGCAAGAGUCCAUCGAGGCCGGCGUGGAGGUGCUCUUCAACACGCGUGCUACCGGCUUGCGCUUCAACGAUCGACGACGUGUUACCGGAGUCGAGAUCACCGACUCCAAAACGCGAGACAAGCAGACAAUAGACGCGGACGACCUCGUGAUCGCUGCAGGACCGUGGACUGGCUCUCUCAUCACCAAGCUCUUCCCACGGAGCAUGCUCCCUGCGCACCUCAAAGCAGCGUCUUCCAUUGAUGGAUCGCGAGCGCACAGCAUCGUGAUCGAGUCGCCGCCGGGCAAGCCGCUCUCGGCUGACUGCCUCUUCACCGACAUGGCGUACGGCCCCGGUGGCCGCAAAGCUGGGGCGCCGGAACUGUACUGCCGCCCGGACGGCACAGCAUACGUAUGCGGUGGCUCGGACGACGUUGCGCUGCCUGACACCGCGGACGAAGUGGACUUUGACGAGAACAAGGUAGCGGCGUUGAUCGAGCAGAGCAAGGUGCUCUCGCCCACAUCGCUCGAUGUCGGUGCUGGCGCUACGCUCAAAGCCAAGCAGGCGUGCUACCUGCCCAUCAGCAACCGCACCGGCAACCCGAUCAUCGGAGGAAAGGACGGCGUGUACGUGGCGGCGGGCCACUCGUGCUGGGGCAUCACCAACUCGCUCGGCACGGGCAAGGUGCUCUCGGAGCUCAUUCUGGGGGGUAAGGUGCACAGCGCCAACAUCCGAGCUCUGAUGCCUUAG